AUGAAGACUCGCUUGACAUAUGUCUAUGAAGGGGACAGCGAAUUCGACCCUGCCCAGACCACCGUGAACGAGACUUCGCUGUCUAUCCGAGCCUUGAAAGCUGCUAAGCAGGAGAGGAUCUUGUUCGACUACACCGAGCUCCCCCACGAGAUACGACAGGUGCUGAAGAAAUGCCGUGACCUGCGCAUUCGUUGGGCCUCCGAACGACCAUACGCUGCCGUUGCGCCGUUUAGCAGCAGGGUCUCCCCGGGGCUGCAUGUCAUCUAUACGCCAGCUAGCAGUGGCUCAUCCGGUGAAUCCCUGUGCCGUCUCCUCCAGAAAAGCUUCAGCAACCAGAUCGAUUGCACCCUUUCUCCGCUAUCGUCUUCUCCAUCUUCAUUUAUACCAACCACCGAUCCGUCCCCACGGCUAAAGUUCCAAACACUGCUACCAUCCCUACACCAGCUUCUCACCUUCCUCGAUCGAUAUAUCUGUCAAGAAAACGUCGAGUGUCGUAACCAUGUUGCCUCGAUUGCCUUGGCUUCCUCGCUGGAUAUAGACUACAAUGAUUCCACGGGUCAUCUCAUGGUAGCUGGAUACUGGCCCGAGUCUCCAGACCAGGAUGGAUGGACGGAAGUAAUUGACCAGCCCAAGUAUGACGGAGACAGAGUUGAGAUUGGAAUCUUAGCAGAGCAAACCCCCCUUAAACCGGAGGAAGUGAGAGUGGGUGGGAUGCUGGCUGAUGUAGGCCGAAAAGCAGAGCUAACUCCCACGCUCUUCAGCUUCAACUCUCGACAUCAUCCUAUAACACCAACAUAUCGUACCCAUUUCCCAUCGCCAACCGGUCUCCAUCCGACUCUCCAGCUUUCCCUGUCGAAAUCCUCCCUCUUUCCUCCCACCAAUGUACCACCGGACACAGCCUGCUCUUUAUACACAUACCUCAGCCUCCCGUCAACAAUAUUCGCAGACAAAUAUCAGCUCUCCACCAAAGAUCCCCUCUUCCUCCAGUCCCACAACCUCGUCUCCCUACAUAGUAUCCAAGGUGAAACCGACCUCGAAGCCCCAGACUGGGUAACACACCAAUGGGGAUCCAACCUCCUUCUAGAACUAGCAACUCCCUCGCCAGACACCGCUUCAGAAUUUGCACUUGCCAACGAUGACUGGAACAUAACUGUCCCUCUCCACCUUCGAUACCUCCACCCUUCCCCCUCAGGAUACCGCGAUAUAUCCGUGCCCUGGCCGGUGGUCUUCUGGGCCUGUGCCCCUGAGGAUGAAAGCGCAGAUGAUAAGCAGAAUAUUAACCCGUUUGAUCGCGUCAGCUUAGGAUGGGAAUCGAAUUUCCCUGCUAGAACAACUUAUCAUCAUCUUCAGCCCUCUCCGCCUCCUUCAACGCCGGGGCGGCCAAGUAACCUGCUAGUCGAAACGAUUACUGUUCCCGUAUUGAAUAUGAGCCGUGAUACCCAGCGGAUGGAGAUCCAGGUAGGAACCGCCAUGAUCAUCAUCGGUGGUUUCAUGUGGGUGCUAUGGAAGUUGGGGCUAAUAACGAAUGCUCCUGAUUCGGUGCUGGAUGAAUCAGAAGAGAGUAAGAAAGACCAAUAA